GAAAAAUUGAUUAAGCGGUAAAACUCGAAUCUUAGAAUUUAUUUCUAACUGAAAAAGAAACAUAACAAAGAAACGAAAUGUAUUGAACCAAUAUGUCCUCGAUUGAGAAAUAAAGACAUCGAAGGCGAAAAGCAGCAGGUUGAUGUUAAGUGGGGAGAUAUUAAAAUGGGUCAAGAGUAUCUACACGAUGACAGUGUACGUUGUUCGACUUCACGCUCGAUGCCUUCGUGAAGAGAUCCUUCUGCGAGUUUGUCGCGAGGAUCAUUAAGAUCACGACAUAAUAUCAUCAUCGUUUCCUGCAAUGUCAUUAACAAUGAGAAACUCGGUCAAUUUAAAUUAAUUUUGGCCAUAUAAUAAAUUCGCGAUAAAUUUUGUAACUAAAAAUAUUUCUAUGAUACAAUUUAUUAAGAAACAGAAUACAGAAAUGAAAUUGUAUUUACAAAAUAAUCAUCCUAUCACAUCAAUAACAAUUAAAGAACGUUCAGAUACAAUUAGUUUGUAUAUGUUUCUUGAAUCGUUAUUAGUUUAAAUAGGAACUUUGAAUCGCGUGAUGUGAUGCACGUUAUGUAUAACGAUUGUCAAUAUAAUCAUUUUGUGUUUAAACGUCGUUAAAAAGAAGAAGCGGAUAUUUUUCUCUGAAAUUUAAGAAGAUUAUUUUCAUGGUGUACGGAUCGCGCAAAAUUGCGGAGUCUGUGACCACCACGGGGACGACUUGGCUGUACAACACUACCACCCAAGGCGAAAUGAGCAGCAGCGGAGGGUUAGGAUUCGGUGUCGGUGUCGGUGUCGGCGUCGCCGGUGGUCCAACCCUCGCAGCCGCUCAACAAGGCCAAGGGGUGGCCGCUCUUCUGGUGAUGCUUGCUGUGCUUUGUUUUAUAUUCGCUUAUUGCUGUUGGGGUGCUCCGUUCUGUAGAUCUUUAUGCAGACGACACUGUUGUUGUCGACUCGAGGAUCCUGAACCAGAUUCACGAUUUAGCAACAACGAUCAAACAAUGGUAGCAACACCAACGAUUAUUUUAUUACCACACGGUAGAAUGCUCGUUGUGGAUGGUACAAUCUUUACACAGUUCCAAACAGAUCCAACUGGUUUAGAUUUAGUGGAAUUAGGUGACAGUGUACUACGAGCUCAAAGAAAUCCAAGAAGUAUAAAUCGUCAUCAGUUGCAAAAUAGUCAAGGUAGCAUACUUGAAAUGGAUGCAGAAACGCCAAGUAAAGACAGUUUAGGAUCUGUUGGAUGUUUUCCACCACCAACUUAUGAAAGUAUUUAUGGAAAAGAAGAAUCAGAUAUGCCGCCAUCGUAUUCUGAUAUCUUAUUACAUAGAUUUGCUAAUCUUCCCCAUGACAUAAAUAUGCAUAAUUAUUGUCACGAUAGUAAAGAGGAAAUUGAGAUGCAAAGCUUAGAUGGUUGUCCACAUAUACUUAGUAAUCCAAUGAAUACGAUAGCAUAUCCUUACGCGACAGUAACGAAUUUCUCGAGUCAAAGCUUUCCACGGAGGAAUGUCUCGAGAAAUCCAUCAAUUAUUAGCAAUCCACUUGAUAGUUAUUAUGUAGAUAAUGAAUUAGAAUUAUAUCGAUUAAGCCAGGAGAUGGUACCACGAGUAUUUAGUAAUACAAACUUCGAAGCUCUUAGAACUUACCAAGAUGAAACCUCGUUUUAUAAUAUGAACGGAAAUGAGAGUGAACAACAAAACGAUAUGUUAUCGAAUAAUGGAAAUUAUUGCACAUCCGAUAAUAAUAUUCAACAAAACAACGAAAGAAUAGUUUCAAAUAAUAUUGAUGAAGUAUCAAAUAAUAUAACGGCAAAUGAGCUAAUGAAUACGAGAAAUCUAGUUCGAAGUAUAUCAAGAAUUAGUCAAGAAAGUAGAAAUAAUAUAGAGAAUUCACAAAGAGAUAAUCAAGAGACUGGUAUAGUUUUUGUUCGAUUACCUCAUUCUGAGAAUCACAAUAAUAGCCAUACUCCGCAAAAUUGGUAUAACAAUACUAAUGAAAACGAUAGGCCAGCAAUACAAGUAAAUCAAGAAAAUCAAUCUACUUUAAGAAAUAUGCAUUCCGAAAACGAGCAGAUGAAUGAAACUAAUCACAACAUCGAAUCUAAUUCAAUAACAUAUUACAUUAGAAAUCAAAGCACUGAUGAGGCUAGAUCACACAGAUUGGAAAAUGAAUCCGCUUAUUCCGAUGAAGAACCUAGAAAUUUUGGAGCAUUGGCAGAUAUCCGUGAAAGUCGAGUGUAACGCAUAAUAUAGAAAAUGUACAUUAAAAAUACAAUAGAAAGCUCUCUGACCAAAUGAUAUAUUGACAAUUAUAUCUUGUAAAAAAUUCACAAUAAAAAUGGAAGUAUAUUUUAUCAACAAAACAUUUUGUUUUUAUAAGAAUUAAUUAUUUUAUUUCUUAAAUUAUAAACUUAAUACAAUACAAUAUUUACACUAAAAUUUAAUAUAAAAAUCUAUAAAUGAAAUUAAUACUAUUUAAAUUUAAUUAAAUAAAGUUUAAGAUUCUUCUAAUUAUUGAUUCUUAACAUGUAAAAUCAUAAUAAUAUUUAAAAAAGCCUAAAAAAGUUUUGUAUAAAUAAUUUAAUUGAUCUGAGAAUUAUCGAAUCGUUACAAUUUUAAAAAUAAUUUUAUAUACAAAAAAAAAAAUACAAUCAUUUUAAUAUUUAAUUGUGACACAAUAAUAAAAAAAAAUAACAAUAGAACAAAGUUAGUUCAGUCCGUCCAAAGGUUAAUCUACACACUAGAUUCAAUAAAUGUUAAGGAAAUAAUUGUAAAUGAAUUCAAAUAUUUUUUAUUAUUAAUAUCUAUUAUUAUUAUCUAUUCUAUAUUAUACUAUUUAUAUUAUACAUUUGCUUUAUAUAUUAUUUUAAUAUAAAAUGUAAUGCACUUGAAAAUUUUUGACAUGCAGACAUAUAAAUAAUAUUACAAAGACUUAUAAUUUAUAUUUAUACGUAUCACGAAACAAUGAAUGAAAAAUAAUAAAAAAAAGAUGUGUAUAGAAUAACUGUUGGACACAUCAAAUCCUAUGUACAGAUUAUGUAUACAUACAUA